AAGUCACUAAUUGGGUAAUCUAGUCUAAAAAAAUCAUUCUCAGGAAACAGACCUUUAAAAUUUUUUUCUUUCAAUUCAAGUACAUAAGCCCAAAACGAGCAUUGGAAUGAGCCUAGCUCACAUGGGCUACUCCGUCCACGCCACUGCCAUCUUCAGAUUCCAGAUGUUACCACUUCCAUCGACAUCUUCAGACACUAAAUUAACGCCGUUUAUUCAGAAACCCUAACCUUAAUCCUAAAACCCUAAGCCAUCCCCUUCAGCUAUAUUUAUAAGCACUCCCCUCGCGUCCAUUUUGUCCCAAUCACCUUCUUUUUGGCGCUUCAAUCCUUCCUUGGAUGUCUGAGGCCUUAAUUCCAAGUAAUUUAUAUAUUUUGAUUUGCUUGCGAGUUGGAUUUUUGUUGGCUGUUGUUUUGUUUGUUCUUCAGCUGAUUAUUUACUGUCUGAUUGAAUUAAUUGUAUUGUUGAAGAAAUUACAUUCAUAUUACAGGUUAUAUGCAUUUUGCUUUGAUGUUAUGUAUUUGGAUUUUCUAAUUAUGUGUAAAGGUCAAUGAUGGAAACCUUGUACGGCUUGUUUCUCAAAACAUUCGCAGUGGCCGCCUAAGAGCUUUCGCCUUCGCCGGGCUUGAGAGCUUUUGCUGCUUCAAUCCUUCCUUGGAUGUCUGAGACCUUAAUCCUCCAAUAAUUUUUUUUUUUUUUUGGGGGGCAAUUCUUGUUUCCUUGAAUUGUUUUUGUGUUUUACUCCGUUUGAAUCACUUAUGCUGCUGUUGUCAAUGAUGACAAAUUCAAAGGCUUGUUUCUCAAUACAUUCACAGUGGCCGCCUAAGAACUUUCGCCUUCACCAGGCUUGAGAGCUUGUGCUGCUUCAAUUCUUCCUUGGAUGUCUGAGACCUCAAUCCUCCAACAAUUCAUUUUUUUCUAGGGCAAUUUUUGUUUAGUUGAAUUGUUUUGUUUGUUUUACUCUGUUUGAACCUUUGAUUUCUAUAAAUGUGAUGCUGCUGUUGUCAAUGAUUGACAAAUCCAAAGGCUUGUUUCUCAAAACAUUUGCAGUGGCCGCCUAGGAGCUUUCGCCUUUGCCAGGCUUGAGAGCUUGUGCUGCUUCAAUCCCUCCUUGGAUGUCUGAGACAUUGAGAAAUUCCCUUUUUGCUAUUUGCUAAUUAGGUAUUCCUGUUUUUGAA